CAGGCGGGACAAAGCACUUGUUGAGAGGCUGCUGGCCGUGAAGGAGCCGUUGUCUCUGUCUCUGCACGGGACGGCAGCUUGAAGCGGAGCCACGACUUUCAAAAUCAGCCUCGAAUAGAGAGGUUUACUUUGAUAUUAACUUAGAAACAGGUCCUUUCUCUGACGGACACAUUAUUUUUUUCUCAACUGUUCCAAACUUUGAGAAGAAGGAAGGGAGUUUUGACAGGAAACAGGGACUGGCAUCGCUCCUUCAAGUUUUUUUUUAAUUCCCCUUCAACGAACUUCAGGUCAGGACAUUUUUGAACGAUGUUUGACAAGCAGCGCUACGACAGUCCACCUGUCUACAGUCCUCCUUUCACCUCGCCGUCCAACAAUGGCUUUGUCCCUCCAGGGAGCUUCCAUGCCCCCCAGAGCGAUUACAACCAGUACCCACCUCCACCAGGAUCUUACUACAUCGAGGAAAAACCGCAGCACUUCUACAAAUUACUAUCACCUCCGGGGAUUGUCAAGGCCAUGAUGGGUACAGUGAUCGUAUUGUGUGUGGCGAUAUUCGCCUGCGUGGCCUCCACUCUCAUGUGGGACAUGCAGUAUGGAAUGGGAAUGGGAUUGGGCUACGGCAGUGGAUAUGGCAGCUACGGUUCAGGAUAUGGUGGUGGCGGCUAUGGUGGUUAUGGAAGUUAUGGAGGCUAUGGCUACGGCAGCAGCUAUGGCUCCUACAUCUCACCUUACUCAGCCAAAACUGCCAUGAUUGCCAUGGCAGCCAUUAACUUUAUUGGGGCUCUGGCGUUCUUCAUCGCUGGGUUCUCUAAAUCCAACACGGUCCGUUGUAGGAAGUUCUUUCUGGCCCUCUUGAUUAGCAGCGUCAUCAUGGCUGUCCUGCAGGGCAUCAUAACCAUUGUCUACAUUGUUGGGGUGAACCCAAUGGCCCAGAGCACCUCCAGUAUGAUGUACAAUCCGAUGCUUAUGAUGUGUCAGAACCUCUACCAGACCAGCUACUCACAGAUGGGAGGAGUGGGAGGCUUCCCCAUUUACAACCAGUAUCUUUACCAUUACUGCUUUGUGGACCCACAGGAGGGAGUCGCCAUGGUGUGUGGAUUCCUGGUUGUCAUCGCCUUGUGUGUUGCCGCUUUCUUUGCCCAGAAAACAAGAGGGAAGAUCUGGCGUUAUGGGAAGCCAAACAUCUACUGGGAAGAGCCGCUUGUUGGUGGGAAAGCCUCAGAGGGCAGAGAUGUAGAGGAAUGGGUGAACAAUGUGGAGGAAAGCCGCAGUGUUCAGGACGCUCCGACCCUGCUGGUGUCAGAAAAGGGAGCUGGGCUGCUCAACGCCUCGGCCAACAGUGUCAUCUCCUACCCACCAGUUAAAGUGGACAGCAGCUCUUAUAAUGAGUACGACUGCGACAACAAUGAGUACUCUGAGAGGACCACCAGCAGACCAUCAGAAGUCUUCUCCCACGGUGGAGGAACGAGCUCCAGCCCCUCAGAGGAGACCGGUCGCAAGCCCUCCGCUAACAGGGGCAAGAGACGCAGACGCAAACCCGACUUUGAUGAGUCUCAGUACGAGACAGAGUACACCACAGGAGGAGAAACAGGCAAUGAACUUGACGGAGAGGAAUGGGAGAGUUCAUACCCAGAGAUAAGAUCCGAUGCUGUGCGCCAGGAGUAUAAGAGAGAGUUUGACGCCGACCUCAGAGAAUACAAGCGCCUGUGUGCUGAGAUGGACGACAUCAAUGAUCAGUUGAACAAACUCAGCCGGCAGCUGGACACACUGGAUGAGACAUCAGCCAAAUACCAGGCUGUGGCAGAUGAAUAUAACCAGCUGAAGGAUCUGAAGCAGACGUCAGACUACCAGUUGAAGAAGAAACAGUGUCGUAGGCUGAGACACAAACUGUUCCACAUCAAACGCAUGGUGAAGGACUACGACAAGAACCACUCAUAAAUCCACUGAGUCUCGACGUUCAGCUCUGUGGUCUCAACAGCAAACACUGACAGACGCAGGCCAAGAUACACUCCAAAACACGACAAGGACACUGUGACAUCCUGAGACCAAAGUACCUGGACACACACCCACACACACAUUUAUAGGGAACAUUCUGUGUGUUGAUCUUGUGUUUUCCCUCUUUUAUUCUGAUCAAAUAUAUGUAAGAAUAGGGGUGCAGGAGUUCAGCUGUAGACGCCACCACAGCUCACACUGCCAUUUUUUUUGUCUUUUUAAAGAUCCAGCUCAUUGUUUGCAGUGUUCGGCCACAUGUAACGAUCGGAGGGCGGGGUGGGAGAGAGGUUGUUUGAAAGUCAGCUGACCCUCAGUCACCUGUGAUAACACUGUGGCUGUGUUUGCUCUCCAGAUUGGCAACUUUUCUUUGUUUUAUGUCCGCAGAUAAGAGGUGCAGCAGUAUUGUAGAGAGCUUUGUAAUGGGUAAGACAGGCUGCUGGGAUUGUGUCGAGUAAAUAUGCAGUCUUUUUAACCCCUGGGACGGCAUUAUCUUUGUGUUUUUUCUCAUCUUCUUCAUCAGUGUUUGUGACUAAACUCUGCCGAAACUUUAUGUAUUUUUUUUGUCUAAACUUAAGAUUUUGAUACUAAUUAUCACAGACACAGUCAGACCAAAAAGGGGACAAACUGGCCAAUGAGAUAUGUGUGACAUUGUUGUAUAUAUACUUCCAAUGAAUCCCGUUCCCGAACAAAUUCACAGUGUCUGUCUCUUUGAUUCUGCAGAUAUCAUAGCAUCUGUGAUGACUGUAUCUGUUCUUUGUACAUACUAAAGACUCGUAGUGGCUUGUUUUGUUAAUCACUGGUCGUUCAAAAAUGUGCUUAAGCUAUGCAAAUAACUAAAAACAUCCAGACUAUUUUCGUAUUUUUUUAUCACGCGUGCUCCUCAACAAACUGGAAAACACUGUUUCUGUCACAAUAUAAGCUACUCUUAUCUUUUCAUUUGAUUCUCUACCAAUGAAAAUGAUCAUCUGCUGAU